CCUCCGGGGCAGACGGCGGCGGUAGUGAGCUCGCUACCGCAAUUUAGAAACCAGAAAUAAAAGACCCGAAGAAGAAAACCCGGAAUUGAUUCAUACUUCAUUCAAGUAGAUACUUGCUUAGUUACUACAGAGAUCUGUGGUUACGGUUUCCUCUUUUAGGGCAAUAUUUCGGACAUACCGACCACCGUUUUAACAAACCGCUGAACCGCAUAACUACAGCCGUUAUGGCUACACGGAAGAGAUUUCUCCCCGGUGAUAACGGCGAGCAGGACGGACUGUUGACCGCCUGCAAGCAGACCAAGGCGGGUGGCAAGAGACACGUAGCCGCCGUGAUCCUUGCGAGGGGAGGAAGCAAAGGGAUCCCUUUGAAAAACAUCAAAAUGUUAGCCGGGGUCCCGCUCAUUGGAUGGGUGGUGAGGGCUGCUGUGGACUCUGACAUGUUUGACAGUGUGUGGGUAUCAACAGACCAUGAUGAGAUCGAGAAGGUGGCAAAAUCCUGGGGUGCCAAGGUGCACAGGAGGAGUCCUGAAGUUUCCAGAGAUUCCUCUACGUCACUGGAAACCAUCCAAGAGUUCGCCAGGCUCAACCCAGAGGUGGAUGUCAUAUGUAACAUCCAGGCUACGGCCCCGUGUCUCCAUCCGUUCCACGUGAAGGAGGCCUUGGAGAUGAUCACGCUGCGGGGCUUUGAUUCGGUCUUCUCGGUGGUCAGGAGGCACCAGUUCCGCUGGCAGGAGGUCAAGAAAGGAUCUGAUGAGCUUACCAAACCGUUUAAUCUGGACCCGGCCAACCGGCCGCGGCGUCAGGACUGGGAUGGAGAGCUGUGUGAGAACGGUUCCUUUUAUUUCACCAAGAGAGACCUCAUAUUGAACGAGGGACUUUUGCAGGGUGGCAAGGUAGGCUACUACGAGAUGCUGCCAGAGUACAGCGUAGACAUAGAUGUGGACAUCGACUGGCCUGUGGCAGAACAGAGGGUUCUCAGGUAUGGUUACUUCGGUCGCGUCACGCCUGAGGUGGUUCGGCUGAUGUUCUGUAACGUAUCCGGAUGUUUAACAGAAGGAAGGAUCUUUUUGUCUGUAUCCGGAGAGGAGAUGGUGUCUAUUAAUACCAGAGACACCACGGGCAUCCGCAUGCUGCAGAAAGAAGAAGUGGAGGUCAUUCUGCUGACCUCCAGAGAGGACCCAGUGGCUCAGUCACUGGCUGACAAACUGGCCAAGAGGAUGGGCUGCCAGGUCAUUGAGGUGGGAGAAGAGCCUCUGAAUGAUUUGAAGAAGAUAGUGGAGGCCAGGAAGCUGGACUGGAAGGACGUGGCGUACAUGGGUAAUGAUAAGCCGGAUGUACACUGUCUAAACCUGGCAGGGUUGAGCGCAGUACCUGCAGAUGCUCCAAUGGUAGCCGUUAACGCUUCAAAGUACACCUGCCACAGAGUCGGGGGACAGGGAGCCGUCAGAGAGUUCGCUGAGCACAUUCUUCUUCAGAAAGAAAAAGCAAAGUCUGCGAUGAAGUAGGACCGCAUUGGCCGCAGCAGCUUCUGAUUUUAAAGGAGAAUUUCAAAUGAAAUCUACAUGGAAGGGUUUAAGAGUUAAUAGUGAUAUUAUUUAAGAUGCAUAUCUAGAUUUAGGAUUGAUUUAAAUAAUUCACUCUGUUUACAAUCAAGUUUUUUGGGAUUACUAUGCAUGUUCUUAAAUAGUUUUCAGAAAAGAAGGAAUUUAAGUAACGCUGUGAAUAUUAGGAGUCAGAAUUUAUCGCAUAUUUGACAAAAAACCAACCGAGGUUUGUCAUAGCAGUCGGGGCUUGAGGCAGAAUUCUCCUUGUUGGCUGAGAUUGAGCAUAAAUGACACAAGAUAUUGAUUCAGCAUUGAUAGACAAAACACCUCACCACCAUCACCCAAAAUACUACACUAGAAACUGCUAUCACUCUUGUCUUUUAAAACAAGGACCCAAGAAGUAAUACUAGAAAAAGGUCCGCUCUUUGUAAAGCAGUAAACUUUAAGUUUUAUGAUCUACAGUACCAGUUAAGUUCUGUUAAUUUAAAAAAAAAAAAAAAAAAAAAAACACCAAAUAGGAAUAGAGAUACAACUUUUUAAUAUUUAAGAGUAACUUGGUAUUUUAUACACGAGGUAGCGUUUUAAACCAAAAUAUAAUACAAAGUCAAUGUCCAACAAAUCACUUUUUGACAAAUCUUCUGUUCUGUCCGAACCUUUAAAUGUCACGUCUUUGUAAAACUGAUUGUACCUGUCAUGCUGUAUGUACCCAUUUGUUUAUUUUGCUCAUGUGCCGUUAAAGUAAUAGUUUGACACUCAGCGUAUUUGCUUUCUUGCUGAGAGUUAGACGAGAUAAUUGAUACUACUGUCAUAUCUGUAUGUUCAAUACAAGACAGAAGCCUUAUGGAAGCUUUGCUUAGCAUACAGACUGGAAACAAAGGGAAACAGUUAGUCUGACUCCCUUAAAAGUAUCAAAAUCCACCUUCCAGCAUCUCUAAAGCUCACUAAUUAACAUGUUCUAUCAAGCUUAGGGUUUUAUUCCAGUCAAACAAACAAGAUAUAACGUGUAUAUAAUAUGCAGGUGGAUUUUGUUACCUUUGGUCAGAACCAGAUUAGCUUUUCAAGGUUUCCCCUUGUUUCAAGUCUUUAUGUUAAGCUAAUCUUUACCGAACAAACAUGAGAGUGGUAUCAAUUUUCUAAUCUCACUCUCGGGAAAAUAUCUAACUAUUGCUUGAACCUGCAAUUAUGAUAUCUGCACACAGAACAUGAAGGCAGCAUAAAGCUAAGUGCGAUUGAGUGCCUGUUGCAGCGUGGAAACUUCCUGGUUAGCAGGAUUCCUGAGGAUUAAUUUUAUAACUGCCGAUUGAGUUAUUAGAAAGUGGCCUGAAAAAACCAGUUUAUUGUAACCUGGUUUGCUCUUUGAUCUUGUGUGUUCAGGUGAACGAGGUCUUUUGCGGUGUCAUUAAGUCAGUGAACCUGUGUGUGAGCUCUAUUUAUUUUAGUACGGGAUAUGGCAAUAUUUAAUUCUGUGUGCUGUUGUUUCUAUUAUCCUCCUCAUAGGUGCUCGGUUGAUUGUUUUGUUUUGAUUACACUGUUUACUUGUCAUUUCACUCUUUCAUGUAAUUUUAUUUCAUUUUGUUUUAUUUGAUAAUUGUGUAUUAUUGAUUUUGUUUGAAUCAUUUUCAAUGAAGUUGUCCAUUGAAGAUGAA